AUGGCUACUCCUUCAUCCAAGCAGAACCCUGGGCAGACACCUCACCCAACAUCAUCGCCUUACCCAUCAGCGGUGCCUAUGGGUCGCCCUCUUUCUCACAAGUCUCCGUCCAUUAAAACACCUUCCGUUUCUGGUCAUGGCCAUCAGCCAAGUGUGUCCUCUCACCAAUAUCCGACCCCAAUGGCUGCUCCAGCAUCAUUGGAUGAUCCUACUAUAUUCAGCUCACCAUCAGCAUUGUUAGCUCUUGGCUUAGGUGGCAUCUCACCAUCUCCUGCAGGGAAUGAUCCGUUGGCUGGACCUGGAAUCAACGAGAGUGGCAUCCAUUCAGUAGGGAUGUCGAAUUUAGGCAUGGGAGGUCCAAGGGACACCGACGUGGAGAAAGCUCGACGGAUGGAAGAAGUGAUUCGACUUCUCAGAACGCGUGUUUCUGGACGUGGAGUAUGUCGCGAAGGUGUGGAGAGGCUGGGGAAGUUUGAAGGGUUCGAAUGCAUGUGGCAAGACAACGAUCUAAAUAUUGCUGGGAAUUUUGUGGACUUGGAGAUCCAGUUUGAAGAUGGGACGGAAAAUGUUAAGGAUGUCAGCCUGAAGUAUACUACCCCCAGUGGGGUGGAGGGAGAAAGAAGGGUGGGGGCCACUGCGGUUCUUAAACGGGACUUGAUCCAAACUGCGGGAAAUCCUGAAGAAAAGCCUUGGAAAAAGAUCGACGCUUUCCAUGCAAACUUGCAUAGAUUAGCCAAGUUGGAUCAACUAAGUCGGGAUGUCAAUUGCUUUGAAGCAGUGGAAGGACUGUACGAAAGUUUAAACCGAGUAUGGCAAGGCGAAAUUCAACGAUACCCAGGGAAGGGCCAUUGGGAGCAUGUUUGCACAGGACACGUGGGACAGCCCGUCCUCCAUCAGGACAGAAGGAUUGGCUUGAGUAUUCGGUAUUGGGUUGAACAAAGAAGAACGCUAGACUCACAACCGAGGAAUGUCCCAGACGCAAUGAGUAUAGAUCAAUUCUCUAAAGACGACAAAGUUUCAUCCGAUCUGGAGAAACACAAAACCUGGAGCACAAUGAUUGAGUGUGAAGAAGGUUAUCCAUCAUUGAGAGUGUCAAAAGAAUGGGUCGCGUCCCAAUUAUUUACGACUAUGGAUUCAGGGGAAUCUUCUUCUGCAGUGAACGAAAACGACACUGACAUUCUGUUAAUUAACUGGAUCGAUCCUCCAGCCACUCUCGUUAGUAACCCGAAUGACGUCUCUCUCAAUUCUACAGCCUUGGGCACUACAACACCGAACCGGCGCUUCGUUGCACGGUUGGAGCCCCCGAUUGACAUUCCUAUAAUUGCAGCGGCGGAGAUAUACAGGCUGCUCGGAAUGAACAUGCCACCCGAGCCCAAACCUGCUACAUAUGAUGGGCUUGUGGUGCCCCUGCCGAAUAGCUUUUCGCCAGAAUUUAGUAACAGUGAAAAUGGUUACCCAGUAUCCAACGAAAGAAUCCAUAAAAAAGUUGUUUACGGCUUCGACGCCAACGGUCAUCCUGAAAAACACGUACAUACCUACACUUUCCACCCCUUCGAGCAUAUCGUUGGACGGACCAUUCGUGACCUACCGUUUUCUCAUCCGCGGCAGUUGGCUGAUAUUCUUCCUAUCUUGCGGCAAUAUGCACUGCUCUCUAGCCUUCUUCAAAAGGCAUUUACUACCACUCCAACCAACGACGUUGGCGCUCCCGACAAAUGUCACUCCACCAACCCCAUGGAUCCCCCUUCCACGACCCAUACAGGUAAGUCAGACGUCACAGUAAUUAGCAAUAUAAGUCCCACGAUAUCCAGACUUGAUUCAAUGCUCCACGGCGAUUCAAUUCAGGGGAGUGAUCAACAGACCGGUACUGCUUCUCCAUUUGCUAUGCCUUCCAACAUCCCUACCAUAAUCAAUGAUAAGAAAAUAGAUAUUUCCUUGCGAACACCAAUAUCAGCACCACCAUCUUUAAUGCUAUUAUUUAACGCGCCAAACGAGGGUCCCAAUGCAAUUGACAAUCCAAAGACAGUCACAAUUAACGUUGAUAUCGGGUCCAAUGGUAAUAUCACAGUCUCGCGGGUUUCUGGGAUGUGUGAUCGGGACAAUAAUGAGCAACCGGACACCCCUGCUUCUCAAGGGAAAGUAUGGAAGCUCAGUGAAAAGCUUGCAAAGGUGCUCCAGACUUCGGAAGAUCUGGGGUUGCUGGUAGAAUGGGCGUUGAAAUGGAUGCGGAAACAAAGGCAGUAA